CUGUAUCAGUAUGAAAUUUGCGAGCGCAUCAUCUCGAAGCAACCUCGCAAGUACGCGCGCAGUGCAGUGCUACUCUCUUGGGCAUACCUUCGGAAUCUAACGAGUCAAAGUCGUCGUUUUCGCCAUUCGACUUUUCAUACGAUCCGUAUACCUCGGGAGCGUCGAUCGUUUCGACGCACUCAGUGAUUUACUUGUGUUGCGUUUACUUUGAUCCACGUUCGUAUAAUAUAUAAAUAAAAAUUCGAGUGAGUGCGCGUACGGAAUCCAGGACAAUAAGCGUCGUCGGAUCGCGGCGGCCCCUCCGGUGGCGCAUACGCGCGAUGACGGAUGCGUUCACGAGCUAUCAGAUACACACGUAGAGCGCAUACGUACGUAAACGCUUGGAUGGAUCAGCGCAAUCAUCGAUUCAUCGUUGUCGCGCGCUUCUUCUUUUAUCGCUCUCUGCACACACGCGUGCAUAUUGGGGGAAGCAAUAGAUAACAACGAGUCCGAUUGAUAAGCGAUUAUUAUCGCUCAUCCACCCGCGCGCGAAUCAUCGGCUACAAUAGCCAAGGAAUUGGAGAAAGAAAUAAAGCGAGAAGCCAAGGAAAGAAAGAAAGAUAUACUUGAUUCGAUACGCGGAAGGUAUAAUAGAGCGAGUUGUUCGCAAGCUCUCAUUUUCUGCAAAUUCAAAAGAAAAAAAUAAAAAAGAACUCACAAUUACAAAGUACAACAAAUCGAACAGAGAUGAAUUCCACAUCGAUCGAGGUGGAGUCGAGGCUCCAGGCCAGACCCGACGCCGAUAAAGAUCAACUCAGCAAUCAGCAGAUCCUCGAGAAAGAUCUCAACGCCAACAACAUGGAUCAGCAGGCCAUAGUCGUGAGGUUCGCGAAGAAGCGCUACGGCAAAAAUCUGCCUUGUGUCCUCGAUGGCCUCAACAUGACCGUACCAAGAGGUUGUAUUUACGGCCUAUUGGGCUCGUCGGGCUGCGGCAAAACGACGCUACUGUCCUGCGUCGUCGGCGUGCGCAAAAUCGACAGCGGCGAUAUCUGGGUACUGGGCGGUCGACCCGGUGAUCUGUCCUCGGGCAUACCGGGCCCGAGGGUCGGCUACAUGCCGCAGGACAUAUCGCUCGUCGGCGAGUUCAGCAUAAUCGGCGCACUGUACUAUUUCGGCAGGAUCAACGGCCUCGAUGACCAUAUCAUCGACGAGAGGUUUGACUUUUUCUCCGACUUGCUGGAUUUACCGCCGAAAGAUCGUCUGGUAAAGAACUUGAGCGGCGGCCAACAGAGACGAGUCUCGUUCGCGGCGGCUCUCAUACACAAGCCGGAAUUGCUCAUCCUCGAUGAACCCACGGUUGGCCUCGAUCCUGUUUUACGAGAAAAAAUCUGGCAGUUCUUGGUGAAGCUCACGAAGGAGGAGAACACGGCUGUGGUGAUCACGACGCAUUACAUCGAGGAGACGAGGCUGGCCAACAAGAUCGGCUUGAUGCGCAACGGCCAGCUGCUGGCCGAGACGUCGCCCGACGAGCUGCUCAGCACCUUCCACUGUAGCACCCUCGAGGAGGCCUUCCUCCAGCUCAGCCGGCGCCAGAACGAGGAGGGGACCAAAGGCAUCGUAAACGAGGCGUUCGAAGGCGAUGAGGCGUCUCAGCCUGCCUCGGCAAACAGUCGGAAGCUGCGCCCGCCGAUUAGUAACAAUCCCCUCGACAUCCUCAAAGCUAGAGCCUUGUUCAAAGCCUUGUGGGAAAUGGUACCGUUCAAUCUGAGAAAACCACGAAAAUUUUGGAGCAAUCCGAUAAACCCGAAAACAUUCAGAGCCCUACUGAUCAAAAACUGCCUACAGUUUUUGCGACAUCCUGGGACCAUACUGUUCGCUUUCGUUUUUCCGGUGGUCCAAACGACGUUGUUCUUCUACGCUGUGGGCAGAGAUCCGCAAGGCGUCGUGGUGGGCAUCGUCAACGAGGAGGCUGGCAACUGCGACUGGGGCAAGAAUCAAGGCCAAGUGAUCUACAAUGAGACGCUAGGGACGUGCGAGUAUCGGGAUCUAAGUUGUCGAUUUUUGCAUGGCUUCAACGAGUCCAUCAUGGUCAAGCGAUACUUCGACACGAUAGAGGAUGCGAAGCACGCGGUUACCAAGGGCCAAGCCGCAGCCGUGAUGCACUUCUCGAAGAAUUUUUCGCGUGCCUUGGAAAAGAGACGAGACAUCAGUGCCAUUAACAGCAAUCAGAUGACCGACGAAGAGAUCUACACAAGCGACAUCAAGACGAUGCUGGACAUGGGUGAUCGCCAGAUUGGACUGUUCCUCGAGGGUAGCCUCAUGAAGCGCUUCAUCGAGGUACACGGCGACAUAGUAGCCAGCUGCAAUUAUCCACGGCAGAUCGUCGAAGUGCCCGUUUUCUUUGAGGAGCCGGUCUUUGGAAGGGUCGAUCAGAGAUACUCCGACUUUAUCGCUCCUGGCUUCAUAAUGACAAUCGUUUUCUUCUUAUCGACGGCCGUGUCAGCGGCAAUUAUCAUUCAGGAUCGCGCCGAGGGCGUCUGGGACAGGAGCCUCGUUCAAGGUGUAACUACCAGGGAAAUUCUCUUCUCGCACAUUAUCACCCAAUCGUUUAUGAUCAUCAUCCAAGUCACUAUGGUACUCUGCGUAGUUUUUCUUCACUUUCGCUUGGACUGCAAGGGAUCCUUGUUGGUAGUCAUCAUGCUCACGCUGGAGGUCAGCUUUAGCGGCAUGUCCUACGGCUUUCUCAUCUCGACGCUGUGCAACUCGCACACCGUGGCGAACUUCAUCGCGACGGGCAGCUUUUACCCCAUCAUACUGCUCAGUGGUUCGAUUUGGCCGGCUGAGGGCAUGCCAACGUUUUUGCGCUGGUUCAGUAUGACGUUGCCCACGACGAUUCCCAGCUACGCCUUCAGAGCACUGGUCGACAAGGGUCUGUUCCUGCACGAGCCCGAAGUUUAUUCGGGUUUUAUUGUGUCGGGCAUCUGGAUUGUCAUCUAUAUUGGCUGGUGCCUUUACAGUUUGAAAAAAGCGACGAACUAAUUUUUAUUAAUUUUAUCUUAUUACCGUUUUUUUGUCGAGAAUUCAAAUUUUUUGGGGAAAUAAUGUGAAUACGCUUCGAAAAAUUUAGACACGUGCGAAAGAAAUAAUAUAUAGGGUACAGUGUAUCGAUUGAAUAUGUCCUUCUGAAUGAACACUAAAUAUUAGAUAGCAGCUUUAUACUCGAUUAUUCUUAACAAUGUGUAACAAGGUGAUGCCAAUUCUUCGUUUUUUUUUGUUUUUUUUAAAUGUAUACCUUUUAGUCUAAACUAAUUUUCGAAAAACCAAUUUUAAACAUUUUCAUUUGAUAGUUUUUCGGAAUCAAAUAUUUCGAUCUUGUUUUCCGAGAAAACUACCAAACGAGAUUUACGACAAUUCGGUCCACAGCUGUAACAAUACGAUAGGAUUUACAGAGUCGUUUUCCGAAAAAACGGUCUAGAAAAAAGUUGGGAUAAUGUACAUUUUCAGUCUUUGGUCGGUGAAAACGAGCCUGCAUUGUCUUAAGCUUUUAGCUAAUCUUUAGAGCAUUAUGCAUUUUUUAUUACUGACAAUCAAAUUUUGUUGUUUUUAUGUAGAAGCGUUCAUUCAUUAGAUUAUAAAGGCACAUUGAUCGAUACAUUUAUCCAGUAAAAUGUAUCAAGAGUUGAAAGUAUACUUCUGUUGUGUAAUUUUACACAAACAGAGUUUUGAUUCUUGCCCAUCGAGUUUCGAUGUCGUGUACGAUUUUUCUCUUUUAACCGCUCUGCAUUACAUUUCUCACAUGAAUUGAAAAUUAAUUCAUCCAGUGGAGAUGUAUCUAGGUUUAUAUUUAUCCACCGGGCGCAAAUAUUUUACUUACCACACGAAAGCAUUGAAAGUUGUAGCAGCCCAGCUCGAAGAACGAGAAUGAAAAGCAGUGCGUUUCAUAAUUUUGUAUAGGUAACUUUGCACUUUCGAGCAAAAGAUUGAGAAAAAACUCUGAAGACUUCAUACAUCUGUUACGAGAUCAGUAAAUGUAAAUAUUACGAAACUGUGGUCUUGCCAAUGAUAACCAUAGACUAAUGAUAAUUUUUGAUAAACACACAGGGUCUUAUGCGUCGUAAAAUGUAUUAUAUAAUUCAGUUAUCUUUUUUUUUUCAUUUAUGCAAGGUGCUGGUAAAUUUUUAGGACUCGUUCGAUAACGUGUUAACGAGUGAACAUUAUUGUUGAUACUUCAAUUUACAACUCUAGUCAAAAAUUGAAUAACUUGUGAAUGAAAAAAAAACUUGAUAGCAAUUUUUAUUCGAUAGGACACUAAUUAUAUUUGCAUUGCUAUGUUUUUUUAAAUUUCUAUAUUAUUAAUUACUAUUACUCUAUAGACUAGUAAUUAAGAACUUUUGUGUAAAUUCAAGUAGGUAUAAAAGUGUCCUCUUGACAACUAUGUGGACAAUUCAAGUGCAAACUUUAUAAUUCAUUCCAAUUUCAAUUUAAUAAAAUGUAAUUUUAUAUAAAUUUUUAGGUAACUUUAUUAA